ACGAGUCUCGUUAAACACAAUAACCAACCAACCAACCGACGCGUGGCUUAUGUCGGCGGCCUUCACUGCGUCGUUUGUUACGUGACGACGCCUGACGAGUGAUGAAUGAGGCGAUGCUUACUGCAUCCACCGCCUGCCACAAUACGACGCCGCUGACAUGAUGCAGAACCGGGUGGGUGAACCCGGUGAAGAGCACAGUGCACUGGCCUGCCUGCCUACACAUCCUUCUGGUGCUGUUUCAUUCAGUUCAGGUUGCCGGGCUUCGCUCCUCAGCGGGCAUGACGACGCCUGGUGGCAGCGGCUCAGCGGCGGCCUCGGCUGCCGGCAGCGCCUUGCCGCAUGGCUGGAAACGUGUGGACGAGAUAGAAGGCUGGCUUCAUGAUAAUGCUACUGACGUGACCAGAAGGCUGCGGGACGGCAUCAUGCGCCGCACCAUCACCCAUCCAGAGCAAGUCACCCAGCUGAUACGAGAGCACCGAGCCGACCCGAACGCUCAACCGUCGCUGCGCGUCCUUUCAUGCCUGCAUUGGGCUGGGAAAACGCUGGUCGUUGGUGGAUUUCGGCAGGAGCCUGACUAUGGCAUCGCCUAUCCGCUGCUCGCUCUAUCGAUCGACGACAUGACAGACAAGACCUUACCGUCCGUCGAGGCGCUAGCGGGCGAAACGACAUCCCGUCGCCGUUCCUCGGUGGGCCUCGCCUCAGCUGCAGGACGCCGUCAUGAAUGCCCUCAUUGAUGGCGGGGCCGACAUCAACGCGGCGGGUCUCUUCACCUCCCGCUAUAGCUGCGCCGAGGACGGCAUUACCUUCCCUGACGAGCGCCGGCCGAUCCGGGUGGCCAUCAUGGCGGGCAAUGAGGCCGCAGUGCGCAUCCUGAUGCAGCGUCACGUGAACCUGCGCGGGUCGAUGGUGAUGGAGCUGCUGAGAGUGCCGAGGGCGGUCGAUGAGGAUCGGCCGCCUUCCCCUGACGUGGAGCGACAGCUGCUGUUGUUCUACGAGCGCCUCGUUGAGCAGGAUACCACACUCGCGACCGAGCAGGACCAGUUCGGCAGGAACCUGGUCCAUUCGGCAGCCUGGACGCUUCCCAUCUUCUCCCAGUCCUUCAUCGACUGCUACAUGGGGCUGCUGGCGGCGAAUGGGGCGGACAUGACGCAAAUCGACCCGCGCUUCCCACCGGGCCGCACGCCUCUGCAGAUGGCGACGUCUCUUGGGUCCUACCGCGUGGCUGCUUUCCUGUGUCGCCAACUGCCUGCUAACGAGAUCGACAGAGGGCUGUGGCAGCAAACGCCCCUGGAUGCUGCGGCCGAAGACCUCUACCAUCGGACUCGACCUGCGGGGGGCCGUCCGGUGAGCGAGGUGGCGGUCCGGCGCACGAAGAUGACCAUCUGCGUCUUGCUGAGAGCGGGAGCAGCCAUCAAUCGCCUGCCAACAGGCAGCCACAUCCCCGCAGUCGCAGAGGAACUCCGCGAACGGCGGCAGCUGGUGCUGGACGAGUACACAAGAGUGCUCAAUGAGCUGCCCAUUGCCACCAUGGCUGCGGUGAACGCUGCUCUGCGUCCCCAUCGCAUACUGGCUGCCCUGCUGACACACUUCCUGCCCCUUGUCGACCACAAUGACGCCGAGACGCCCCUCCCCUCCCCCCUCUCAUUCGGCCACGGUGAGGCCACGCUCAUCGGCUGGCAGAUCGCAGCCUACUGCUUCGACACCACUGCUGCCAACCAGACUGUCAAUCAGACACUCACCUUCCGACACAGUCGCCUGGCCAGGCGUGUGUGCGCGGCCAUCGACCACUUCGUCACGUCGGCGCUCAAGGCCAGCAGCAAUCGGGAGGUGGUGGGGCCGAUGGCGAUUGUGGGGGAGGAGACAGUGCGCGUGCCGCUGCAGUGCUUUGUGCUCGGCGGGGUCGACCGCCGUCUGAAUGAGGUGGUGCGCACGCGUGGCCGUGUCGGCAUUCGGGAGGUGGUCCACCGAGCACGGCUGGACGAGGCGGCCAGAUACCGGCUGACUGGCGUCAUCAAGGGCUUCAACACCCACCUCGGCAACGACGACUGUCAAUUUUCGUGGGGUCAGGUGGGACGCAUCGAUGAUGAGGGGCAGUUCGUGACACUGGGGACCAACUGAGAGGGGAAGGCGCAUGUGGACAAUGUUGAUGACUAGUGAGUGAAUCGGGCUGAAAACCGUUUCGUGGCUCAGAAACGACCCCCGUGACUGCAUCCCCGUGUGUGUGCUGAUCCACUUUUGCGUUCUUCAGUGGCCAGCAUAACUCGACAGGCUGACUUGAAGCGGUUCUCACACACACUUGUGUAAGAAACAGUGAUGCCAUGGUCUGUGUCAUUCAUUCCUGCACCCACGCCAUACACGUACACGCGAACCACAUCCAUCCAUCCACAGACAGACAGACGACAGACAGACAGACAACAGACAGACAGACAACAGACAGACAGACAACAGACAGAGGACAUGAAGGAAAGAGGCGUGUGCAUCCAUGCGUGUCGGUCAUGCUGGUGGACGAACUGCAGUCGGCCGCGCCUGCAAAGCGAAACGUCGCCCUUGGUCCGAUGAUGGAGGUGCCCCUCUCUUCUCGACAAAUUCACCGGGGCUGACUCUACUGGCUUGCUGGGUCCUGUGGGCAAACAGACGUGACGGUCAGUGCAAAGAGCACUGACGCAGCAUGGCGGAAGUCGUUUCGUCUACAUAUUGGAUUCAGGGUUCACUGGUAUAUUGGUGGAGAUGUCGAAGAGGCCUGUGUUUGUCAGCAAAGUCGCAGCCAUGAGCGGCAAGGAGGCCAAGAAGAGCGACAAGGUCGGCCAGCCGCACACCCUGCAGAUCCCUCCGCCGCAGGACACGUGUGCGCUUUGGUGUGUCUUCCUGCAGGCGGCGGUCAAGGCCAAGCAGGGGAAGGCCCACGACGAGCUGUCGGAGGUAAGUCUGCUGGGCAUACAGAUAGAUCUGACACAGACAGAUCUGCAGGGAGGAGGGAGGAUGGAUGGAUGGGAGGGAGCACUCACACACGACACACCGCACAAACACAUGACGCCCUUUUCUGUCUGUCUGUGCCACAUGUGUGUCUGCCCAGGACGACGGAUACGAACUCAAAUUCUGCACCGACUCCGACGCCGAGUCCCUGGACGACGAAGCGUACGAGGAAUACAAGAAGGGCGGGAGGAAGGGACUCGAGGCACUCAAGGCCGCCCGAGAGCACGCCGCCGCCAAGAGGGCCCGAGAGGAGGAGGACGAGCGCGUCAGGGCGUGGUACAAGGCCGAGCAGGAGGCCAAGCGACGACGGAUGCUGGACAGGUUCAUCGGCGGGCAGCGCCGGCGGGCUGCCCCCCCUCCUCUCCGAGGCGGCCCGCGAAGCCGAAGCCGAGGCCAAGAAGAAGCUCCGCCCACACAGCCAGCAGUAGACAGACGCGGGGCCGGGCCAGGGAGGGGCGGGGAGGGAGUACGACCUAGGCAGGAGGGAUGAAUAUGAUGUAUUCAGGGCAUGUGUUUUUCAUCGUUGUACAGUGCACACACACACAUACGCCAUACUACGUGUAGAGGCCCUUUUCUGCCAACCACACUGCCACUGCGAUGCUGCAAUGCCGACUGACUACACCUCUCUCGGGUCACAAGAGAUGCACAGAGAUGCUAGUGACCGAGACCACCGACGACCAACACAACCUUUUGGUGCCACUGGGCGCCACCCUGUGAUGCGCACUGAGUGACAGACGGCGGCUCGGCUGCAAACCUAGCUAGCUAGCUAGCUGCAGAAAGGACACUGAUGGAUGGUUUGGG